UUGACAGUUUGUAUUCUGGAGUAUACGCGGAUUUUAUGUGAUUUUGUGAUGUGAUUUUCUCUGAAAAAAUUAGAAUCGAUUUUUUAUGGAUUGACAUGAUGUUAUGGAACAGCAUAUGAAAAUAUUUCACAUUAUUAAUAAAUACCUAACAAAACAAUGGAAAAACACCAUGAAUUGGAGGCAGUGAUUAACUCACAGAAGGAACAACUGCUGCGAUACGAGAAACGUCUCAAAGAUGUUGUCACUGCCUAUAAGGGUCUACUCAAAGAAAAAACAGCACUAGAAUCGAGUUUGUCUGCCUUCACAGCGAAAGGUUCAAUCGAAAAACAGCACCAACAGCAGAAUGCAGUCUCCUCGGAAAAUGAAAGUGACGGGGAAAGCUUGCGGGAGCAGAUGGCCACCUUGAUGAAUUCCUUAGCCACCCUUACCGCUGAGAAGGGUCGAAUAGAAGCUUCGUUCAAGAAUGAUCGUAAGCAAUUGAGGGAAGUGAUCGCAGAAAAGGAAGUUGCGAUUCGGGAUUUGGAGGAUCAGGUGAAAGCCUUGAACUACACGAUCAAGACGGAUCUGGAAAACUGUAAGGCCAAAUUAAAGCAUGAUCGAGAGGAGGAGUGCAACAAUCAGCUUGUGAUGAUUUGUGAGCUGCAGAAGCAAUUACUGGAUGAAAGGCACUUGAAUGAAACGCUGGAGAUGCAGUUGAGAGAUUUGAAGAUUCAGUUCAAUCAGAAACAUUCUGAUAAGCGAGUUAGCGAAAUGCCACAAGCGUCAGAUUUGGCUAAGCACAGUUCAGAGCAGUUGGAAAGCUCCAAGAAAGAGAAUGCCGCUCUAUCCACUUUGCUUCAGCAGUUCCAGGGGGAGAUUGAUAACUUGAAGCGUCAGCAUGCCAUAGCCAUACGCACUGAGCAACGUCGUGUCUCUGUAGCAGAGGACCGCAGUAAAAAGUUGGAGGAAGUUCAUGAAGAGCGAGUGGCUAAUUUGGAGGCACGUUUGGCUGAACUUAGUGAAGUAGUUGGAACGUAUGAUCGAUUGCGGCAACAUGACCAGGAAAGUAUAUCGAAGCUGAAGGAAAAGCUAUCCAAAUUGAGUUUGGAUAAAGCAUCCACGAGACGUUUGAGCCAAGAAAGUAAUGUUGAGAGAAUUGUAGAGGAAAUCAGCUAUUUAAAAAAUUUGCUCCUAGCGGAAAACGAUAAGCUAGACAACCCUCUGGAUUUAUCUUCCUUAUUUUCCGUUCAGCCUAUUAUUGAGGAAAUUGUCAACUAUCCUGAUAGCGAACUGGAUAAUUAUCGAGAUCUUCAGCGCAAUUAUGAUAUAGCCAUCAAGGAUAACGAUGCUUUGAAGGCUACUAUCCAAGUUCACAAAAAUAAUACGAAAACUUUACAGGAGAAGAUAAAAGUUUUGAAUAGGAACAUUGAUGAUCUGGAAGUUGAGUAUAAGAAUAAGCUGAUUGAACAUAACACUAUACUGAAGAAUGAUAAAAUCCGUACGCAGGAGUUGAUCAGUGCUCUUGAGUCUGAUUUCAAAUCCAAACUUUCCCAACUGGAGCUUCAGCUUAAGAAGCAAAGAGAACGAUCACUUCAGCUUCUUGAAGAGAAAGAAGAGGAGAUUAAAUCUCUGCGCACGUCGUUCGACAUUCUUAUGCAUGAUGCUAGUGGCGGUCAGCAGCAACCAAAUUCUACCGAUCCCAACAAUGCCGAUACACUCGAUAAUCUGCCAAUGGCCUUAUCGAAAAAGAUAAGCGCCCUCAACUCUGUUUUCAAAACCGAGUCGUCCCAGUCCAACUCUGAAACGCAUCACAUUCUGCACUAUGCACACGAGCUUGCACGCAAGGAGAUCGAAAUCACUGCCUUGCGGACGGCGAAAAACAACGCGGAAACUGCUCUUCGGCAGGCGCUGCACGAUAAGGUCUCCUCGCAAGAGGAGCUGCACGACAGAAUCGCCUACCUGGAAGAACAGAUUGAUCGCUGGGAGCGUUGUAAGUCACGCGAAGGUGCAAACCUGGAAUACCUGAAGAAUGUGGUACUGAGCUUCCUCACCUCGCAGGAUGCCGAUGGGAAGAAGCACAUGAUUAACGCAAUUGCCGCUGUGUUGAAGUUUAGUACCGCGGAAAUGGCAACCAUCCAAGGGUUGGAUGUGGCGAAACGAUGAACGCUUCAGUGUUGUUGGAUGCGUUAUUUUGUUUUUAUUAAAAUAAUAGAAAAGAGUAUUGUACUGUGUUAUAUUAUGUCAGAAAAAUUCUUGUAAAAAUUCAACGAAAAUAAAACUAAAAUGUAUAUUAUGCACCAUUA